AUGACCAAGAAGCCGCAGCCGAAGGCGGAGAAGACACCCAGCACCACCGCGGCUACCAGCGCCACCCAGGCUAAUAUGGCCAGCACGCGCGCCCCGCUCCCAGAGCGUCCGCCGUCCGCCCCCGCCAAGUCGCUACGAGCGCGGCGCCUGAUCGAGUCCCUGCUGCACAACUCCGAGAUCGCCGACCGCAUCAGCAUCGCCGAGAACGAGAAGUUGCGCGCCGAGCUCAAGGAGCGCCAGAAGCAGCUGCGCUGGGCCCUCGGCCGCUGCAUACACCUCGGGGAGAAGUACGGUGGCCCCGAGGAGGACAAGAGCCUCCGGCUCGAUCCGUUGAAGAACGAAGGGGGAUAUGCGCCCAGCCGUGCGGCCGAGAGCAUCUGGGUCAAAGUAGGUGCUGGAGGAGAGGAGGAGGUGGAGGAGGAGCAGGAGGAGCAGGAGGAACCGGAGCAUAAAAUGCCCGGUCUGUGGGUAGAUUAG